AUGAUUGCCAAGACUGCCAUCUCUGCCCUCCUGGCCGGCGCUGCCAUCGCGGCUCCCGCUACCCCCACGGCCACCGAGGUGGACUUUUCCAUCGGUGCCCUGGACAGCCGCCAGCUCGGCGGCAAGGUCAACAACGGCGCCAUCGCCAACUUCAACGCCGACAACACCAGGGACGGCAUCGGAGCCGGCAAGGACGAGUACAAGAUGUACUGGGGCGACGGCAGCACCGGCGCCGGCUGGCCGGACCGCAACCGCUGGGUGUCUUUUGAGGACAUGUUUAACAACUACAAGCCCCAGAUGUUUAGCUCUUGCGGUAACCAGGGUCAAGCCAACGAUUCUGGCCCGGAGGUGGGGCGCCACAAGGGCGCCAUGUAUGACGGGAUCCAAAAGGCGGCCAAGGCAUCCGGCGUGGACCACCGCUUCAUCCUGGCCGUCAUCAUGCAGGAAUCGGGCGGCUGCGUGCGCGUCAAGACGACCAACUACGGCGUGCGCAACCCCGGCCUGAUGCAGGACCACGACGGCGUGGCGACCUGCAACGAGAACGGCCGCGUCCAGAACCCAUGCCCGUCCAGCACCAUCUACCAGAUGAUCUCCGAGGGUAGUGCCGGUACCGCCAAGGGCGAGGGUCUCGCGCAGACGCUCAACCGCUCCGGCCGUAGCGACGUCUCGGCGUUUUACCGCGCCGCGCGCCUCUACAACUCGGGCUCCAUCUCGCACACGGGCAACCUGCAGGACGGCAUCGCGACGCACUGUUACUCGAGUGACAUUGCCAACCGUCUGACCGGUUGGGUCAACGCCGUGUCCAAGUGCAACUGUGACAAUGACCCCAACAGCUGCGGCAUCACGACCAACUAA